GGUGACUUGUGUAGACGUGAAAAUCUCGAAGAACAAUGCCGCAAUGCGGGCUCCUCAUCCAGGAAGAGGGAUGGGCCCAGGUUCAGGCUCCUUUGUUUGUGACCCGUUGAUGGACAGCGUUGAGUCGGGACUGCGAGCCUUCCGACCGCAGAUGCGUGACCAGGUGGAGCGGGCGACCGAACGCUUCCUCUCUUCUCUGCAACUCAGUGGCCGCCAUCGGGAUUUGGAGACAUUCGAAACCCGCGGCUGG